AUGACCCACGGGUCGCCAGCGGCUGGGGUGGUGCAGUCGAAUCAGAAGAAGGACGAAGACACUCAACAGCGCAUCUUCCUCUUCCAGACGCCGGAGUACUACGGUCAAGCUCAAAGGAACCUUGUGAGACUGGAGACUGAGAUGCCUACCAGAAGUUCCCCUAUCCAAUCACUCAAGCGCAGCUUGAAUGAGAAUGAUCCCUCCCAGUCAGCAGCUAGUGCCAAGAGGCCUUUGUUGAGGAUGUCAGGCCAAAGGCCGGACGACAUGACCAACCCUUCCUCAACACGAAACACCCCUAAAACGCCUUCGACUGUGCGGAGCAGCAGAAACCGUCAAUCCCAGCCAGAGCAGGUCCUCCUGGCGCACGGCAAAGCGAGAGAACUUAAAUUCGGAGUCGCUCAUCAGGAAACCAGUCGGCUGCAAGAGAAUGAUUCUCAAACUACUGAUCGUGAGCUAGGAUUGGAGCGCAAGGGAUUGGAUCUUGAAAGAGAGUUGCGCGAGACGAAGCUUCGAUUAGAGGAACGUGAGGCCCGGGUCAGUGAGCUGGAACAGGAAAUGAUUAUCGUCAGUGGCCAGAUCGAUGCCCAGGAGCAAGAACGACAGAAAGGAACCCAGGCAGCCGAAGAGAAUGGCAAAAAGACGGAAGCAGCAGCCCUGUCCUCAACGGAAGAACUGGGCAAGCUCAAGGAACGUAACGCAUCCUUGGAUCAAUUGGUCAGGUUAGCCACUCGGGACGAAGCACGUGCCAAACAACUUUCAUCGGACUCCGCAACACACAUACAAUUGCUUGGUGAGGCCAACUUACGCUUACAGGCGGAGAACGAUCAACUCAAGUCGAGCAUCGCCCAACACCUAUCCGAUAUCGAGGAACUUCGUCAAGAGAAAAAUCAGCCCGUUGCCUCGGCCGACUCAUCGUCCAGAGAGGAAUCGGCCCGUCAAAUUGACCAAUACAACGCUCUGGAACAAGCCAAUUCGCACAUGGCACGCGAGCUUGUGUCAUUGAGCCUCACACACGUCGAUCAUUUGCGGCAACAGUUGGCAUCAGCCGAAGUCAAGCUUUCCAAGCUGUCCCAAGAGCGGGCCGCGUGGGCCGUGUUCAUCAAGGAAAACCGACAAGAAUUCACAAGUCCUCGUGAGUUCUUCAAGUCGCUCGCCAAGAAGCGAAUGGAAAAUGCAAGCUUGAAAGCUAGAUUGGGAUCGAGUGAGUUUGAAAUCAAGAGUCGUGAUCGAAUGAUUGGCGAGUUGGAGGCCCGAUUAGAAGAACUCGACAAGGAGCGGAACGACGAGUUUGCCGAAAAGACUAAAGCUCAAGGUCAAGCUCAAAUAGCUGAACGAAACAGAGAGUUGGACAGACGGAGGAUUCACAUGUUCAACGAACAACUCAAGAGCUACACCGCCCAGGCGAAAUCGUUCUGUGGUGGGGCCCUUUAUGAUCAGCAGAAAGAUGCGCAAAUGGACCAGAUGAAACAACUUCUUGAUAGUCAUCAAGAUGAACUUGCUCGUGUUCAACGCGAAGCGGCGGACCUUCGCCAACAACUUCACGACCAAUCAAGCCGUUCGCCAUCUGCUGCAUCUCGUAAUGCCGAAAAGGAGCCAGUUUUGAACACCUCGUUAUCUGAGCAGAUCGAUCGUAACGAAGAACUCGAGAUGGAGUUGGAUGAAUUGAAGGAUGCGAACGAGAUGCUGAAGAUGGAGGUGAAUUCAUUACAGCUUCAAGUAUAUCGCCUAGAGCGGGACCUUGGCCGGGGCGAAAACAACCCAUCAACGACUCAAGUAUUGUGUUCGCAAGGCUCGCCAGUCGGAGUCAAACAGGCCACCCGGAGUUCGAUGCUAGAAAACUUAAAGGCAGAGAACGGGGCGCAUUUAAAACAAACCUCGAAGCUCAAAAAGGGGAUCAAGUCGGGUGGAGACGAAGUAUCGAAAAGUUUAGUACCACGAGAAUCGCUGGUCUCGAGCCGGAAAGAAGUCAAGCGGCUGGAAGCCGAGGUGACCAAACAAAUCAAGGCCCGGGAGAAACUGCGCGAAGGGUACCGGGAAAAGAUGGCAAGCUAUAGGCGAGCGAUCUGGGAGAUCUUGGGGUACAGUUUGGAGGCCGUGGGCAAUGGGCAAUUCCGGCUACGUUCGGCACUCAAGGACCAAAGCAGUUCAAUGAUGUUGUUCGUCCCUGGGAAAGCCGACGGCGGCCAGUUCGAAUUCAAAUCUCAUCCCAAUUGCUCUUUCCAUCAAUCUUCUCUCGUCGUCAAUCUCUACGACCGUUGGACUGAUGGCUGGAGAGAUUUCCUCCCUCAUCAGUUUAUAGUCUACUCUCAACAAGACAAGCUCUUAUGGAAGAGUAUUUAUGAUGUAUGCGACUGUUCUAACGGCUCCUGCGGGCGGGAGUCCGGGACGGCCCCUGAUCCGUUUUCGUGA